GUUCAGCAGCAAUUUCGGAGGAGGAUUCGCGCCAGCUGGCGCUUCAUUCACAAGAGUUCGAUGAAGCUAGCGUAUCUAUUGGACCAUACCAAGUCGGCAACGGUGUUUUCGGAAGAUGAUAUCGUUUCGCUGGUCCAGCAGCUCGUUCUUCUCGCA